AUGACAGAGACUAUACCAGGCCCCAAGGGCUUGCCCGUCAUUGGCAACAUCUUGGACAUUGAUCCAGUCGAUGCUGUCCAAUGUCUAGGACGCAUUGCCAAAGAGUAUGGCGAGAUCUACAAGCUUAGCGUCGGUGGCACGGCCAAGUUGUUCGUUUCGAGUCGCAACCUCGUGAAUGAGCUGUCAGAUGAAUCGCGGUUCACCAAGCAGGUCUCUGGACCUUUAGCACAGCUUCGAAAUGUCUGUGCCGACUCUUUGUUCACUGCUCACUCGGACGAGCAUAACUGGCAUAUCACCCACAAGAUUCUCAUGCCUGCCUUUGGACCCUUGGCCAUUCGAGACAUGUUUGACGAGAUGCACGACAUUGCUUCUCAACAAGUCACCAAAUGGGCGCGUUUUGGCCCAAAGGAAGCCAUUGAUGUGUCCUCCGACUUUACACGACUGACACUGGACGCGAUUGCCCUCUGCAGCAUGAGCACCCGGUUCAACAGCUUUUACCGCGACGAGAUGAACCCUUUUGUUGGGUCCAUGCUUGAGGUUCUAGCCGAAUCCGGGAAAAGAGCCGUAAGGCCCCCCUUUGUCAACGACUACAUCAUGCGCGGCUCCCUGAAGAACUACAACCACCAAAUCGCCGUGAUGAAAGAGAUUGCGAGUGAGAUUCUGGAGGAGCGUCGAGCCAACCCUGGGUACCAGAAGAAGGAUCUCCUCACCGCUAUGAUCAAUGGGCGUGAUCCGAAGACUGGUGAGGGUCUCUCCGACGAGAGCAUUCUGAACAACAUGAUUGUCUUUCUCAUCGCCGGCCACGAGACAACAUCUGCACUAUUGUCGUUCUACUUCUACUACCUUCUCACUCGUCCAGACGUCUUCGAAAAGGCUCAGGCUGAGGUUGAUGAGGUGAUUGGACGCGGCCCCGUGACGCUUGAACACAUGUCCAAGCUUCCCUACAUCGAAGCCGGUCUACGCGAGACGCUGCGUCUGCAUCCCACAGCGCCAGUCAUAACCUUCCACACACGACCUGAUCUCAACAUUGAGAAAACUACCAUCGGGGGCGGGCGAUUCGAAGUCUCACGCGGCCAGGGUGUCGUCGCCCUGCUCGUCGAGAUGCAGCGCGACCCAGCCGUUUGGGGCGAUGAUGCCGAUGAAUUCAAGCCGGAGAGGAUGACCGAAGAGAAGUUCAAUGCCUUGCCAGCAAAUUCAUGGAAGCCUUUCGGCAAUGGUAUUCGCGGUUGCAUUGGCCGUUCAUUUGCAUGGCAGGAGAGCCUCCUUAUCCUCGCCAUGCUGCUUCAGAACUUCAACUUCAGACUUCGUGAUCCCGACUAUCAGUUGGUGAUCAAGCAAACACUUACCAUCAAACCGGGGAAUAUGUUUAUGUAUGCCACACUAAGGGACCAUGUGACUGCUUUGGAACUGGAGAAGACUCUCCACGGGAGCGCCCGAAGCAACGGCCUUAAUGAGAAGACGCGCUCUUCGUCCUUGGCAACAACGCACCGGGAGCUUAGGCCCCUGAGCAUCCUAUACGGCUCUGACUCUGGCACCUGUGAGGCCAUGGCCCAUUCACUCGCCCGUGCAGCAAGCGCCAAGGGAUACGAAGCAUCCAUCCAGACCCUUGAUUCUGCGGUAGAGAAGCUGCCAACAGACCAGCCUGUCGUUAUUGUGUCGCCCAGUUACAACGGACAGCCACCAAGCAACGCCGCCGACUUUGUCAAAUGGAUUGAGAAAGCUGCAGCUGGUUCCUUACAGGGAGUCAAGUAUGCCGUGUAUGGUUGCGGCAACAAAGACUACGUUUCCACAUUCCACCGGGUACCCAAACUGAUCGACGCUGAGCUCUCGCGGGCGGGUGCAAAGAGGAUUACCGAUACUGGUCUGGGAGAUGUCACUGUAGGCGACAUCUUCAGCGACUUUGAGUCUUGGCAGGACGAGAAGCUGUGGGCGGCACUAGGCGUCGACCAGCAGGACAUGGCGUGCGAGGUUGGAUUCGAUGUCCACGUCGACCGCUCCAGUCGCACAGAAGAUUUGCAGGUGAAGGCGGACGAGGCACUCGUCCUUGAAAACCUGGUCCUGACGGCUGAGGGCGAGCCCCAGAAGAGGAUGCUCGUUCUGAAGCUCCCAGAUGACAUGGAAUACAAGGCUGGCGACCACUUGGCUGUUCUACCCCUGAAUGACUGGAGCACAGUGAGGCGAGCUCUGUCGUGGGCCCAGUUACCAUGGGAUGCUCUUCUCACGAUCCCAUCAGGUGCCAACACGUCGCUUCCCACGGGCAAGCAGAUCUCAGCCAAGGAUCUAUUCGGAGGUUAUGUCGAACUGAGUCAACCAGCGACCCGCAAGAACAUCCAGAAAAUUGCAGCAGCGAUAGCCUGCCCUCCAGCAAAGCAAAAGCUGCUCGAUCUCGAGGCCACAUUCGACACUUCUAUUGCACUGAAGCGCCUCUCAGUCUUGGACGUCUUAGAGCAAUUCCCAGAGGCAGAUGUAUCCCUAUCAACCUUCAUUGGAAUGCUGCCGCCUAUGCGAUCCCGUCAAUACUCCAUCGCAUCUUCGCCCCACGCAGAUCCGUCGAAGGCUGUCUUGAUAUGGACAGUGCUCAAUGGCGAGGCGUACUCGGGCACUGGCCGGCGGUUCCUGGGCGUUGCUUCUACAUAUCUCGCCAACCUCAGCGCAGGCGAUCGAGUACACGUUACGGUCAAACCUGCUCUCCGACUGUUCCAUCCUCCCCCGGACCCGGAAAGCAUGCCCAUCAUCAUGGCAUGUGCGGGGACCGGGCUGGCUCCUUUCCGAGGAUUUGUGGAAGAGCGCGCCUUUGAAGCCAAACAGGGCAAAAAGCUCGCUCCGGCACUUCUGUUUGUUGGAUGCCGCCACCCAGAGCGUGAUGCCCUACUGUAUGAAGAGUUUCAACAGUGGGAACAGAAAGGAAUCGUCAAGCUAUUCUAUGCUUUCUCAAGAGACGCUGAUGCAGCUAAUGGAUGCAAACACGUUCAAGACCGCAUAUGGAACGAGCGUGCCCUGAUCAAGAAGGGCAUGUUUGGAGGCCAUGCAAGAAUGUACGUUUGUGGCGGAGCGGGGGUCGGAAGAAGUGUUGAGGAUGUCAUGAAGCGGAUUUAUUUGGAGGUGAAUGGCACGGAUAGCACACGGGCGAGCGAAGAUUGGUUUCAGGGGUUGAAGGCGAAUCGUUAUGUAACCGAGAUAUUCUCCUAG